AUGGAACUCAACCGAGAACAUUUUCGUGGACGGGUGAGUCUUAGCGACGAUCCCAGGGUGGGUGCACCAAAAACGGCAGUCACCCAGGAAAAUGUCGAUGCUGUGCGCAAACUCAUCAUUGAAGAUAGACAUGUGACAUAUCGCGAGAUUGAGGCAGCCAGGGUUAAUUGCAUUGUUAGUGGUGAUGAAUCGUGGAUUUACUGUUAUGAACCAGAAAAUAAACGACAGUCGGCUUCAACAAAAGUAAUCCGUUCUCGAAGUGUUUCGAAAAAGAUGGUCGCGACAUUUGUGUCAAAAGCGGGUCAUAUUGCAACAAUUCCUCUUAAUGAGCAAAGAACGGUUACUGCGGAUUGGUAUACCACCAUUUGUUUGCCAAAAGUCAUCACCGAGCUUCGAAAAAUCAAUCCCGAAAGAAUCAUCCUUCACCAAGACAAUGCAAGCUCGCACACAGCCCAAAAAACAAGGCAGUAUUUAAUGGAAGAAGUGGAAUUAUUGGACUAUCCUCCAUAUAGUCCCGAUCUAAGUCCUCACGAUUUCUUUACUUUCCCGAAAAUUAAAAACAGACUGCGUGGUCAAAGGUUCCAGUCACCAGAAGUAGUUGACGCAUUCAAAAAUGCCGUUUUGGAUCUGCCAGCAAACGAGUGGAAUAAGUGCUUCGAAAAUUGGUUCGAGCGCAUGCAGAUGUGUAUUAAUCUUCGGAACAACAUCGAAGAUAAAAUUUGUUUUUCGAACAUCUGCGGGAUCAACAGCAACAUUGAUGCUGUUCAUCACUACCUGCAAUCCAAUCGUCCCGCCGUGCUUUUCUUGGCGGAGACAAAAAUCUCAGAGACUGCACCGAUUAACCAUCUCAACUUCCCAAACUACGAGGUGCACUCCAAUCUGAGAAAGAACGGCAGUCUUUCCUGCUCCAGGGAUCUUUCUUUGGAAUCAGACCGGAAGGACAUUCUGUGGCUUCGCCUCAACUCCAAAACAUCACCCAAAUUUAUUUGCUGCCUUUAUCGCUCUCCCUCGAACCAUAACUGGGAUGACCUACUCGAAUACCUCGCCGUCCAGAUCGACUUCCUGAAUAUCAAUCACCCCGCUUCAGAGGUAGUUCUUCUCGGUGAUUUCAAUGCCCAUAAUGAGCUUUGGUUGGGCUCAAAUAAGACCGAUGCAGCAGGUCGUGCAGUCGAAGCGUUCGCUCUUACUCAAGGGCUGACCCAGCUGGUGACGAGCCCUACUUUUUUCCCCCGCGUCUCGUCACACGCCAGUAGCCUGCUGGAUCUCUUUCUGACCACGCAUCCUGCCCCUUACAGCACUGCUGUCCUGUCCCCCCUGGGUAACUCAGAUCACGGUGUUGUGGAGGUUAGGUUUCGGUCCGAAGCCGCUGUGGCAGCAGAAACUCGCACAGGCCGCAAAACUUGGCAUUACGGACUUGCCGACUGGGAGGGGCUCAGAGACUUCUUCUCUAGCUUUCCUUGGAGAGAUGUCUGUUUCACUGACGCGGAUGCGUCGACUGUCUGUUCUUCAAUAACCGAAAUUAUCCACGUCGGAAUGGAGGAAUACAUCCCUCACACAGUGAAAGUUCCCAAACCAGGGUCCAACGGCUGGCUCAACAAAUCGUGUGACACUGCUCGCCAGCAGAAGAUCAAGGCCCACAGAGCCUACUUACAAAACCCCACUGUAGAGAACAGACAAGCCGACGUCGAGUCCAGAAACAAAUAUAACGAAGCGGUUCGCAAUGCCAAAAACCAGCAUGAUAUAAAAGUUAGGCACAGGGUAAUAUCGCAGCGCAAUGGCAGUCGGUCUUUCUGGACGCUGGCCAAGCAGAUUGAAAAGAACUUCUCACACAGUAGCCUUCCACCACUUACGUGUCAGGAUGGAACUAUUGUAUUCGACUCAAAGGCCAAGGCGGAAGUGCUAGCCAAGAUCUUUGCUGCCAACUCCACCAUGGACGUCCCCACCAACGCCCAAGUGCCGUCAAUUCAAAGGGUUCCCCACACUAUGCGGGAGGUAACAUUCAGGCAUAAGACCGUAAGACGAGUGCUCUUGUCGCUCGACAUCAACAAAGCUUCUGGUCCGGACUUGAUUCCUGCCAUUGUACUGAAGAGAUGUGCAGCGGAGCUUGCUCCAGUUCUUUCGCGUCUCUUCCAGAUAUCUUAUGAAUCCGGCACCUUCCCAGAAAACUGGAAAUUUGCUCAUGUACAGCCCAUCCCAAAAAAAGGAUCUAAAACCGACCCUUACAACUACAGGCCUAUAGCUCUGCUUUCUGUUAUAAGUAAAGUGAUGGAGAGGUGCAUAAAUCGCGAGCUUCUGGACUACCUCGAACGUCACAGCUUGAUUAGCGACAGGCAGUACGGUUUCCGGCACCAACGAUCCACAGGGGACCUCCUAGCUUACGUCACGCAACUGUGGAGUAAACUCAUCCAGUCUCAUGGUGAGGCUCAUGUCGUUGCUCUUGACAUCACGAAAGCGUUCGAUCAGCUGUGGCACGCUGCCCUCUUAAGCAAACUUCCAUCCUACGGCCUCCCAGAAAAGCUUUGCAGAUGGGUGGCUGACUUUAUCUCUGGCCGCAAGAUAUCCGUCGUAAUUGACGGAUUCUCCUCUUCAUCCCACACCGUCAACGCGGGUGUUCCCCAGGGAUCAGUCUUGGCUCCAACACUGUUUCUCUUACAUAUCAACGACCUCCUUUCCUGCACGAUCAACCCAAUCCACAGCUUCGCUGAUGACAGCACUCUACAUGCAGGAAUUCAGAGUGACAAGCCGAUCUCUGCCGCUGAGCUGGAAAAAAGAAGACUAGCGACGACUUCUUCUCUGACAAGAGACCUGGAGGCUAUCACUGCUUGGGGACGCAACAAUCUUGUACAGUUCAAUGCUUCAAAAACACAGUAUUGUACUUUGACGAACAAAAAGCGUCCUAGCGCUCAUACAGUUUCGAUGGACGGUCGAGUUCUACCAAAGAGCCAUUCAUUUCGGCUGGUCGGAGUCCAGAUCACCGAGGACCUGAUCUCGCACGAACACAUCUCUUCAAUAGCUGCAGCUGCUGGGAAAAAGCUAGGCUAUUUGUUUAGGGCUAAGAAGUACUUUUCUCCGCAUGACCUUCUCACUCUAUACAAGGCCCAGAUAAGGCCUAGCCUCGAGUAUUGCUCACACAUUUGGGGUGCUGCCGCCCCGACUACAUUGUCCAUGCUCGAUGCUGUCCAGAGGAGGGCGGUCCGACUGAUCGAUGACUCCUCUCUAACAGACAGUCUCGGGACUCUUUCGCACCGGCGGGCCGUCGGCGAUCUAGCUCUUUUCUAUCGCUACACCAACGGGCUUUGCUCCUCAGAGCUCUCUUCUAUGAUGCCGCCGCGCGAUGUGCCUGCCAGACAGACCCGCCUGACUUCGGCGUCCCAUCCUAACCGUGUCAAACUUCGUACAUCCAGAACUGGCCGAUACGACCGCUCCUUUGUCCCGAGGGUGUCUAGAUUGUGGAACAAUCUACGGGAGGAGGCUUUUCCCAGUUCUGCUGGCCUUAGGCAGUUCAAAAAUCGUAUUAACAAAAUUUCUUUGGGAUCAUCAUAG